ACGAACGCGCGCGCGUACGGAUUUGUGCCACUUUCACGAGAUACGCAUACGACACAUCAUCAGUUGACCAAUUGAAGAAUCCUUCCUCGAAAAUUUCAACGGAACAUCACCACCACACCAUGUCGCUGAGUAGAGUCUGGAACCUGCACCGGGCCGUGCUGCGGACAGCGCUGACCAGGGGUGCCACGAUCGUCGGAACAUCGUCGCGUAGUCCCGCAGUCACCUCGGCCCGGUUGCUCAGUUCCAGCUCGUUGGUUCGCGAAAAGCAGACAGCCUCGGCGGCGGCGGCCAAACCCGUCCAAAAGCAGCACGACUGGAACCGGGCCGUGAGCGAGGCGGAAAAGAUCGUCGGCUAUCCGACGUCGUUCCUGAGCUUGCGCUGGCUGCUGAGCGACGAGAUUGCCAAUGUGGCGCUGCACCUGCGGAAGCUGGUCGGAAGCAACCAUCCACUGCUGAAAACGGCCAAAGUUCUCAUCUACAACGGCAAGAACAACAUGCAAGCAUGGGGUCUCAUCGUGCUGCUCGUCUCGAAAGCCGUUGGCCACGCUCCGUCCGUUCCGGAUCUGGAGCAGGACAAAAGUGCCGGCGUGUUGCACUCGCAGCGAGCGCUAGCCGAAAUAACCGAAAUGAUCCGGACGGCUCACCUGGUGCACCAGGGUCUCGUAAAUCUGCAACCGUUGGCCAACGCCGGCAACGAACUCAGCGGUGACAGUGACAUGAUCUUUGGAAACAAAAUCGCGCUGCUGAGUGGGGAUUACUUGCUGGGAAACGCGUGUCUGCAGUUGGCCGGAUUGAGGAAUCAAACCUUGAUCGAACUGAUUUCCUCCUCGCUGCGGGACAUGGCCGAGUCGAACUUUAUCGGUGAUCGUGACGUGCAGAACAACCCGUUGCCGACGGCCCCCGGGGGACAGCCAAGUGCGGUUCACGCGAGUGGAGAUUUGGGCUUCGGGGAUCUGGAGGACAAUACUCAGCCGAUGAGUAUCAAGGACGUCAUGGGGAACCCGGAGAAGGAGUGGUCACUGCGUCACAUUCUGGGCGCGGGAAGUUUGCUCGGCAAGAGCUGCCAGGGCGCGUUGAUCCUGGCCGGACAGGCGGUCGAGCUGCAGAAGCAGGGCUACCUGUUUGGAAAGCAUCUGUCUCUGGCGUGGCAGGCUUGCAUCGAUUUGGAGCCGUUCAGCAGUCCCAAUUUGCCACCAGGAACAACGUUCAGUCUCGUGUCCGCGCCCGUUCUGUUCCACCUGGAGCACGACCCCAGCCUGUACGAGGAAAUCAAAAAGGGCCAACAGUCGGUGGACGACAUCGACUACGCCAAGAUCCACGCCGAGGUGAUCAAGGGGCCGGGGCUGGACAAGACGCGCGCCCUGCAGAAGAAGCACAGCCUGGCGGCGAUGACGGUGCUGAACGAGUUGCCCCCGUCGGAUGCGCGGACCGCGCUGCAGAACAUCAUCCUGGCGAUGCAGGACUUGUAAGACGACCUUGCGUGAAACCCGAGGGAGGGAGAUUCUUCGAUUUUCUUUGCGUUUGAGGAAGAAAAAGUGCGAGGAAAACUGAGCAAAAGUGAAGAAGUACCAUUCCGUCCAGUGUUUGUAAAGGAACGUUUAGUUAGAUGCUACGUUUUAGGGUUACAUAUGAAUGCGAACAAAUUGAGUUUAGUGGAAAAGGUGGCAUUAAACUACUCCGUGCUAGUUUAUUCGUUCACGGUCGUAAUACUGAGAGUACUACCUAGAUGCUAGUUUUUAAGAGGUGAUUGUGUUUGCUCUAUACUUCGAAUUAUAUUUAUAACUGUUGACUUUUUCUAA